CAGUACAUGGUAACUCUGUCAGCUUCUGGCCAGCCCAAUAAUGAAAACAGAAGCUAAGGAUGGAGAAGAGGACAGCCUGCAGACAGCAUUCAAGAAGCUAAGAGUUGACACAGCUGGAUCUACUGCUUCUCUCUCUGUGGGUGAAGGGACAGGUUCAAGAGCACUGGUUAGAACAGUGGCAGAUGAAACCAAACCUAAGAGUGUGUGUACUUCUAAGGAAACCUGGCAUGGGUCUAUGAAGAAGCCUUCAAGAGGGGUCGUGAGAACUCAGCGUCGCAGACGUUCCAAGUCUCCAAUUCUCCAUCCUCCAAAGUUUAUCCAUUGCAGCACAAAGUCACAUUCCACGUGCAACCAGCUAGUGCACAAGAGCCAGAGUGAUGCCCCAGAUGACAGCAGUGGGUUUGGGAUGCCAGUCCCAAAGGAAGCUUGUGCACACAAACGAUGCAGUGUUGCUGCUGACGUCGGCCAGAAGAGGGAUGAUGUUGAGUCUUUGGGACCUUCUGCUAGACAGCCAGUAUCAGAGAACAGGCAGGAGGACUCCUCAGCUGCCGUUUCUCUAGUAUCCAAAGGAAACCUAAAGACUACAGAGCUUUCCGACUUCCAAUCUAUGUCCAAGCUGAACACGAAUAAGCCAUGUGCCUGUGCAGAUAAAGCCUGUCAAUGUAAAAGGUGGCACGAUAUGGAAGUGUACAAAUUCUCUGGCUUACAGAACACCCUCCUGUUGGCCCCUGACAGGAGGACAGUUUCUGAGGACCACUCCCAGUGUUUGCCAUCAAGAACUCCUUCAAGUUCUCCACGUUCUUGCUCUGAGCAAGCCAGGGCCUUUGUGGAUGACGUGACUAUUGAAGAUCUUUCAGGAUACAUGGAAUAUUACUUGUAUAUUCCAAAGAAGAUGUCUCACAUGGCAGAAAUGAUGUACACCUGA